CUACUGAGGUGGUGAUAAGUGAUGUCUGUCCCACUAGAACUACCUGACAGAUGGAGGAUGUGGGGAAGGAGCAGCUGCCUCAAACGUGCUUCUGAAAGCUUAUUCAUGUGGCAUUUUGGUAUGCCAGAAACCAAAAGUGAUUUAAUUGAAGGCACUAAACUGAAAUAAAAUAGGAAGACCAUGAGCUGAGAACGACCUGCUGGAGAAAGCAGAUCCUCUUCUAAGGAGCUUCUGGGAACUGCCUUGGUGACUGGAACUGAUCCUCCUCCACUUCCUGCCCUUUGAUGACCUUCCACAGCCCCCCAGAUGCUCCUCCAGGGAGUAUCCUGCUUUUCUGCCUUCCCCUGGGCCCCAAGGGAUGGAAAAUAAAGCAAAGCAGUAUCUUAUCGUCUAUCUUUCAGCAGGCCUUCUGAAGUUUAACGAAAAAUAUGAUUGUGCUUGCUUCAGAGAACUGCUCUUCUCAGUACCAGUUACAUCAAACAAGUCAGCCUCUGGAUGGUAACUGUCUGCUAAUCUUGAUUAUACUUGGGAAAAUAUUAUUAAAUAUCCUCACACUGGGAAUGAGAAGAAAAAACACCUGUCAAAAUUUUAUGGAAUAUUUUUGCAUUUCACUAGCACUCAUGGACCUUUUACUUUUGUUAAACAUUUCCAUUAUAUCCUAUUUCAGGGAUUUUGUACUUUUAGACAUUAGGUUUACUAAAUACCACAUCUGCUUGUUUACUCAAAUUAUAUCUUUUACUUAUGGCUUUUUGCAUUAUCCAGUUUUCCUGAUAGCAUGGAUAGAUUAUUAUCUGAAUUUUUCUAAAACCACCCUUCCAUUUAUGUGUCAGAAAUUAUUUUAUUUCUUUACAGUAAUUUUGAUUUGGAUUUCAGUAUUUGCUUAUGUUUUGGGAGAUCCAGAUAUCUACCAAAACCUGAAGGCACAGAAUGUUCGUCCUUAUCAAUGUCCUUUCAACGUCAGCAUUCAAAGUUCCUGGCUCUCAUUUUUCAUGGUGAUGAUUUUAUUUAUGGCUUUCAUCACUUCUUGGUCAGAAGUUAUUACCUUGGUACAGGCUAUUAGGAUAACUUCCUACAUGAAUGAGACUGUCCUAUAUUUCCCCUUUUCAUCCCAUUCUAAUUGUACUGUGAACUCUAAAAAAACACUCUUGCCCAAGUUCAUUGUCUGUUUUCUCGGUACCUGGUUACCAUUUGUACUACUUCAAAUAAUUACCCUUUUAUUUAAAGUACAGAUUCCAGCAUAUAUUGAGAUGAACAUUCCAUGGUUGUACUUUGUCAAUAGUUUUCUCAUUGCUACGGUUUACUGGUGUAAAUGUCACAAGUUAAAUUUAAGAGACAUUGCAUUACCUGUGGAUCCAUUUGUCAACUGGAAAAGCUGCUUCAUUGCACUUGCAAUUCAUGAUCCUGAGCAAAUUGAAAAGCCUACAUCAAUUAUAAUUUGUUAACAUGUUGCCAUGUUAAAACUUACAACUGUGGUAUUUUCAAAGGAAAAAUAACUCAGGGCAUACAAAGACUGAACUGAACUGAAGCCUCCCUCAACCGCCUCAGUGUGUAUUUUGGGGCUAUGAUAUUAUUUGUCUUUUUGUUCAUUUUUAAAUAAAAUAAUUCCAAGAAAAUUUUUAUACCUGUUCAGGAAAAUU